ACUGCCGUGGGACAUCAUCCACCAACCCGCCGCUAACGCAACGAAUUUCGAGUGUUCUUCCAAACCGUCGGUAUGCAUAGUUUACGGUUACCUUAAAGUCUUUAUUUAAACGUUGUAGUUGUUCAACUGAAAUUUCUAAUUGACCGUUACUACUGUACUACCGUACUUUUUGCAUACCCUUACUCAAACAGAAAGUUGCCGUUCAGCCUCAGUAGCUCGGAGCUGAACAGAAAUGAGCAGUCCUGAUGCUGGGUAUGCAAGUGACGAUCAGACCCAGGCAAGGUGUGCGAUGUCAAUCAUGAUGCCUGGUAUCGGACACUGUCAGUGGACAGAUCCCCUCAGUCCUCUGGGGGAGGCGAAGAUCAAAAGCGAAUCGUGUUCCACAGGCUCCGGGAAUCAGAGCAGAGGAAAGAGCGAGCCGCGGAUCCGGCGACCCAUGAAUGCGUUCAUGGUGUGGGCGAAAGACGAACGCAAGCGGCUGGCACAGCAAAACCCAGAUUUGCACAAUGCAGAGUUAAGCAAAAUGCUGGGGAAGUCUUGGAAAGCCCUGCCGGUGGCCGAGAAGCGGCCGUUUGUGGAGGAGGCUGAGCGCCUACGAGUGCAGCACAUGCAGGAUCACCCCAACUACAAGUACCGGCCGCGCCGGAGGAAGCAGGUGAAGCGGAUUAAGCGGCUGGACUCCGGGUUCCUGGUGCACGGCGUGUCCGAUCACCAGGGCUCGGCGCUUGGGGGCGAUGGACGAGUGUGCGUGGAAAACCUGGGCGUGAACUACCACGAGCACGGCUACCAGGUGCCUGGUCAGCUGCCCCAGCUGGGCCACUACCGGGAACCCCAGGCCAUGGGGGGCCACUUUGAGUCGUACAACCUGCCCACCCCCGACACCUCCCCUCUGGACGUCGUGGAGAACGACUCGGUGUUUUUCCCUCCGCAUGCCCAAGAGGACUGUCACAUGAUGCCCGCUUAUGCCUACCACCCGCAAGCCGCUGACUACCCCGCCCAGGAACAUCACCCCGGCCCCCUGAUGCACAGGCAUCUGCCCUCGGUGGAGCAGGCAGGGCAGGGGGGCUCGUUGGCUGGUUUUGUGGGCUGCCCCAACCCUCUGGCCAUGUACUACAGCCAGCACUGUAGCUCGAGUAACCCCAAGCGCCACCAGGGCCACCAGGCCGGACAGCUCUCUCCCCCGCCCGACUCCCACCCCGCAGAGAACGUGGAGCAGAUGCACCAGUCGGAGCUCCUGGGGGAUGUGGACCGAAAUGAGUUUGAGCAGUACCUGAACUCUUCCAUUAGGCCAGACCUUGCAGGGUUGUCCUUUGCCGGGCACGAAUCGAACAUACCCACUUCAGAGAGUCUAAUUUCCUCCGUUCUCUCUGAUGCCAGCACAGCCGUGUAUUACUGCAAUUACAAUAACGCGUAAACUGAACCUUCCCCCAGACUGUCUUCUUAGAAAUUACUUCCAAGUGGUCAGUAAAGUGACAGUAUGAUAUGGUCAAAACACAACUCCCAUGACUGAAACAAUAAGAGUCAGAAAUUGUCAUUUGAUGUUUCUGUUGAGGAGUUAGGCAAGUUUAAUGAUGUCUCAGCAAAAGGUCAACUGAAACCAUAUUAAAUAAGAAAGAAAAGCAGCUGUGCUUCUUUGCCCAUUUGGCUGUUUGUGAUAAAAUAAAAAAAAAUCUGUAU